AUGAAAGUGAAGAAAUCAACUAGAUCAAAAGUUUCGACAGCAUGUGUCAAUUGCAGAAAAAGGAAAAUCAAAUGCACAGGUAAAUAUCCAUGUACCAACUGCAUUUCUUACGAUUGUACGUGUGUAUUCCUAAAAAAACAUUUACCGCAGAAGGAGGAUAGUUCCCAGUCUUUGCCUACUACAGCUGUUGCUCCACCCUCUUCCCACGCCAAUGUAGAGGCUUCAGCAGAUGUACAGCAUCUGGACACUGCGAUUAAGCUAGAUAAUCAAUAUUACUUCAAACUGAUGAACGACCUGAUACAGACUCCAGUCUCUCCGAGUGCGACGCAUGCUCCUGAUACUUCCAAUAAUCCUACUAAUGAUAAUAAUAUUCUCUUUAAAGAUGAUUCCAAAUAUCAAAAUCAACUGGUUACGUAUCAAAAUAUUCUGACAAAUUUGUACGCUCUGCCGCCUUGUGAUGACACUCAGCUCUUGAUUGAUAAAACGAAGUCGCAGUUGAAUAACCUGAUUAACAGUUGGAAUCCCGAAAUAAACUACCCCAAGCUUUCCAGUUUCUCUCCUCGCCCACAAAGAUCGAUAGAAACGUAUCUUUUAACCAACAAGUAUAGAAAUAAAAUACACAUGACGAGGUUCUCCUUUUGGACAGACCAAAUGGUUAAAUCACAAAGUCCAGAUUCAUUUCUAGCCACCACUCCACUAGUAGAUGAAGUAUUUGGUCUUUUCUCUCCAAUACAGGCUUUUUCACUAAGAGGUAUAGGAUAUUUAAUUAAAAAAAAUAUCGAAAACACGGGUUCAUCGAUGUUAAUAGAUACAAAGGAAACUAUUUAUCUAAUAUUAAGAUUGUUUGAUUUGUGUUAUGAACAUUUGAUCCAAGGUUGCAUCUCUAUUUCUAAUCCAUUAGAGAACUAUCUUCAAAAAAUAAAGCAAACUCCUACUACGACGGCAUCUGCUAGUUUGCCUACUUCCCCAGCACCUUUAUCUAACGAUUUAGUCAUUUCUGUUAUUCAUCAACUACCUCAGCCAUUUAUACAAUCGAUUACCGGGUUUACGACUACUCAAUUGAUAGAAAAUUUACAUGAUUCAUUUUCGAUGUUUCGAAUAGUUACUCAAAUGUAUGCUCAACAUAGGAAGCGCUUUGCGGAAUUUUUAAACCAAGCUUUCUCCUUGCCCCAUCAAGAAAAGAGUGUUUUAUUCUCGUCAUUCUGCUCAUCAGAAUAUCUUCUAUCUACUCUUUGUUACGCAUACUACAAUGUUACCCUAUAUCACAUGUUGGACAUAAACACUUUAGAUUACCUAGAGAUUUUAGUGUCAUUGCUAGAAAUCCAAAAUGAAAUUGAUGAGCGUUUUGGAUUUGAAAAAAUGCUAGAAGUUGCGGUUACAUGCUCCACUAAGAUGGGAUUGUCUCGUUGGGAGUAUUAUGUUGGAAUAGACGAAAAUACUGCCGAACGGAGAAGAAAAAUAUGGUGGAAAAUAUACAGUCUGGAAAAGCGUUUUUUAACUGAUCUUGGUGAUUUAUCCUUAAUAAAUGAACAUCAAAUGAAUUGUCUCUUGCCGAAGGAUUUCAGGGACAUGGGAUUCAUUAACCAUAAAGAAUUUUUAACGAAAAUUGGUACGUCCUCUUUAUCACCGUCAUCGCCCAAGCUAAAAAACUUGUCAUUGUCCAGGCUUAUUGAAUAUGGUGAGUUAGCGAUAGCCCAAAUUGUUGGAGAUUUUUUUUCAGAGACUCUUUAUAAUGAGAAAUUCACGUCUUUAGAAGUAUCCGUUAAACCCACAAUUAUCAGACAAAAGUUAUUGGAGAAAGUUUUUGAGGACAUUGAAUCUUUUAGGUUAAAAUUGGCCAAAAUAAAGCUUCACACCUCAAGAGUUUUUCAAGUAGCUCACUGCAAAUAUCCAGAAUAUCCAAAAAACGAUCUAAUUGAAGCAGCUAAAUUUGUAAGUUACCAUAAAAAUACAUGGUUCUCCAUCUUGGGUGCUGUUAACAAUCUUAUUGCUAGGCUAUCUGAAGAUCCAGAGGUGAUAACUGAGCAAAGCAUGAAAUAUGCGAAUGAAAUGUUUCAAGAAUGGAGGGAAAUUAAUCAAUUCUUAAUACAGGUUGAUACUGAUUUUAUUGUUUGGGCAUGUUUGGACUUUUAUGAACUGAUAUUUUUCGUGAUGGCUUCAAAAUUUUAUGUGGAAGACCCGCACAUCACUUUAGAGGAUGUUAUCAACACUUUGAAAGUUUUUAAGAGAAUAACUAACAUUAUUUCUUUUUUUAAUAAUAAUUUGGACGAGAAGGAUUAUGAUUGUCAAACUUUCAGGGAGUUUUCGAGAAGUUCGAGUUUGGUUGCCAUAUCCAUAAGAAUCAUAUUUUUAAAAUACUGCUAUGCCGAACAAAUUGAUAGAGCCGAAUUCAUCGAACGUUUGAAAGAAGUUGAACCGGGUCUAAGUGACCUUUUGCGUGAGUUUUUUGAUACCCGCUCUUUUAUUUACAGGUACAUGUUGAAAUCCGUUGAAAAAUCAGGCUUUCAUUUAAUAAUUAGAAAAAUGUUAGAAAGCGACUAUAAAUUUUUGUAUAGAGACAAAUUGGCCACUGGUAAUAUUCCAGACCAAGGAAAUUCAAGCCAAAUUUCUCAGUUGUAUGACAGUACUGCUCCUUCAUACAACAAUGCUUCUGCCUCAGCAGCAAACUCACCGUUGAAGUUAUCGUCUUUGUUGAACUCUGGAGAGGAAUCGUACACUCAAGACGCAUCAGAAAAUGUUCCAUGUAAUCUGCGGCAUCAAGAUCGAUCGUUACAACAGACAAAAAGACAACAUUCUGCGCCUAGCCAAAUAAGCGCUAAUGAGAAUAAUAUAUACAACUUGGGUACUUUAGAGGAGUUUGUCAGCAGUGGUGACCUGACUGAUUUAUAUCAUACUCUGUGGAAUGACAAUACUUCAUAUCCCUUCUUAUGA